UUCCUUACUUUUAAGGUCGUAGAUCAGGGGUGACUUCAGUAUGGCCCGCGGACCCAUUUUGAAUGACAGUCGGCUCUGUACUCGCGUGUGCACCAGACGUAGCUUUGUGCUCCGCGUUCAAAAAUUCGCUAUUGUUGCUCGAACAAACAAACAACGCGUUGUGGAAGACUCUGAAAUGAGUACUGUCCGCAAAAAUACGCUCGUCGUGGACUUCAGCGUCCUCCCAGAGCGUCCCAAGCUGGACAUGGUGCAGCGGUUUGUGGAAAAAAGUCUGGGACUAAAUCCCACUGACUUGAGAAGCAUCCAGCUGCACAACAUUCGCCAUUGCGUGCUCAUCCAGAUGGCGGAUCCAGCAGCCGCCGUUGAAGUAGCAGUGCAGCAUCACCUCAAGCACGCCUUCCGGAUCAGCCCGACGAAGAAGAUCGCGAUUCCGGUCUACGUCGACGAUGACAUCGUCGACGUUCGGAUCCACGAUCUCCCGCCGGACAUGUCCAACAUGCAGAUCGCCGAAGCAAUGCUCCAGUACGGCGAAGUUUUGACGAUCAGGGACGAGGUUUGGAGAGACAUUUUCGCCGGCGUACCCAAUGGUGUGCGGGUGCUAAAAAUGAAGAUCUCCAAGCCCGUUCCCUCGUACGUCACGAUUUGCGGCCUUAGCAGUUUGGCCACACACACGGGUCAGAUUUCCACGUGCCGACGAUGUGGAUUCCAGCGACACGUGUCGAAAAGCUGCUCCGAGGCGGCUAAAAAACAGCAACCGAAGCCGAAACCACAAAAAAAUCCAUCUCCAUCUGGCCCUGUUUUGCCUAUCGCCGAUCUAGCAGCAGUACAAUCCCAAGUCGUUGUUCCUCACACUCACGAGGACAAUGGUAAUGACGGAUUUAUUACUGUUGUAAAGAAAGGCAAAACAAAGAGGCAGUUGGAAGAGAAGCAAGCACCCGAAGAAAAAAGAUCGUGCUUGGACGACGACGACGACGACAAAUCACCAACUCUCGAUAACGACCAACGCAAUGAUAAUGGACAUCUGAUUGGACUACCAACAACAACCACGCCAAAAAGAAGAGUUUGGAAGCAAACUGUUUGACGUAGAACUACGUCGAUAAAAUGUAUUAUUAUUAUUAUUAUUAUUGUAUUAUUUUUCAAAACUUGGCCAAAUUAUGGCAA